AUAAAUUGAAAACAUGGCCGAACAAACUGAAGAUCUGAAGGCAUUUGAAAGACGUUUAACAGAAGUCAUAGACAAAUUGCAGCCAGCUGCUAGAUUUUGGAGAAUCAUUUUGAUAUUCAUAUCUGUAUGUACAGCUGUUGGUGCUUGGACAUGGUUGUGGGAUCCUGACACAUCUAAGGUUUCUUUUACAAAUUCAUUAUGGAAUCACCCAUUCUUUGCUUUAAGCUGUUUUUUACUGGUAAUUUUAUUUUUAUGUGGAAUUCAUAAGAGAGUUGUUGCCCCUUCAAUAAUAGCAACCAGAUGUCGGACAGUGUUGGCUGAUUUUAAUAUGUCUUGUGAUGAUACUGGUAAAUUGAUAUUAAAACCACGACCACCCCAGGAAUGAAGAUUGUUUUUUUUGAGAACGUGUACAGAAUAUUGGUAUAUACAAACAAUCAAUCUUGUGUGGAAAUGAUAGUUAUGGUACAUUACCUCUGAUUGAGAAAUUUGACCAUUAUUGCUUGGAGAUAUUUGAAAUAUUAUGGAAAGAUUCAUUUGGAAAAAGAACAAAAUAAAUUCUGUGUUAGUAAUAUAAUUUAUGUGUGUGUUUUGGUGAAUCUGAAAAUGUGAGUAUGUGUCUGUCAACAAUGUUGUCUGAUAUAUUAUAUAAUUAAAUAUUGGUAAUAAAAUGUUUUAGUGAUUA